GUCGCGGGCGUCUGAAUGGGCAUCUCCUUCGUGUCCCUCCCCCUCGAUCUCCCCCCUCCCACUAUUCAUGCCAGCUAGAAAGAAGUACGACCCCGACGUCUGGGGUCCCCCUCCGCCGUCAUCGUCCUCGUCGUCGUCGCCGUCCGCUGCGCCGCCCGCUGCUGCCUUCUCGGCCUUCCAGCGGCGCUUUGCGAGUCGCACGGAGGUCGUGGGCAAAGACGGCUCGAACGCGCACCUUGGCGUCACCGCGGCGGCACCCAUGGCACCAAAGGUCGCCCUCCCCGCCUCCACCCCGCCGACCGAAGCAAAAGCCAAAUCUAAUGCAAAAGGCCCUUCCCCUGCCUUUACAAUUCUCGCACCGGGUGAGGUGAAGACCGCAUCAAAAUCGAAACAAGAGGCGGUGAGAAACGCCGAUGAUGCGAAGCACAGAGGAGCCGAGGCAGCAGCAGCAGCAGCGCCAUUCCCAUCACCGCAACCGGCUCCCGCCUCUCAACGCAAGCAGGUGGGCAUGCUGCCCACCGUCCACUCGACCCACCGUGCCCUCAACUUCGGACCACCACCCGCACACGCCACCACGCAGAAGUACCACCACAACGUCGUGGUAGAGGUGGACAUGGGACGCAGCAGCAACGACGGUGACGGCGAUCGCGGUGACGCUGUCUCGCCCCGACUCGACGCAGCGACCCCGACAGCCGCCCCACGCCCCCUUCGUCGCUCGUCCUCUACCACGUCGCAGGCGCCGGAUCAACGGGUGAAGUGUUUGCUGGCUCCCUCGGCCCUCGCUGCCGCGGCUGCUACGGGAGGGCACCGGCGCAGCAGCGACACCAACUCCGCCGUGCCACACACGGUGCACCGACCCUCCAGUGCAGCUUCCACUUCCUUCUCCGGCGCUUCUCGCACGCCCUUGGCGAAGGAAGUUGCCACGCCGCUCCCCGCUCCUCCUCCACUACCACCCACGACAGCAGCAGCAGCAGCAGCAGACGGCGCUGACGCGCACCACACAAGAGCGGUAAAAGACGCGAGACCGCUUGUGCCGGGGUCGCGUGCUACGCAAUCGUCGUCGUCGUCGUCGAUGGAGCCGUCCCUACGCGUCCCGGUGGCUCACCGCACGUUGCGACGUCCAUCCGCUGCCUCUGCCGAUCUGCCUCCAAAGUCGUCUUCACCGUGCGCCUCCCGCACGCGAUCGUCGUCCGUGUCUUCGGGGCCUUCCGAGCCUUCUCCGCUGCCUGGGCAGACGGCACAGAAGCCCGGGUACACACCCUACACACUGAGCUCGUACAAGUCCCUCAUCGCUGAGGUUGCCACGCGGAAAGUCGGUGGGUUGGGCCCGAGCGACACCGAUGCGCAGCGCGCCGCACGAGAGAAGCGGGUGAGGGCACUGGAGUACAGCCGUCAGGCCGAGCAACUCGCCCGGCAGGCUCUGGCGGGUGACACCGCGGCGGAUGGCGCGACAGGCAGUGGGUGUCACGACACGAGUCACAGCGCUCCUCCGGCGCGUUCAAAUCGAGCGGAGCCGUCGUCCUCCACGUCGGCGUCAUCGUCGUCCUCCGCAUCAACAUCCGACAGCUCCUUGUGCACCUCGUCUCCAUCCUGCUCCCCAUCCCGGUCGGCCACCGCACACGACCGGCAAAACACCGCGCACCGCCCUCCUCCGAAAAACUCGAAACGGACGCCGGCGACGCGCUCCCCUGCACACCCGGCUACUCCCUCAACUUCCCACAAGCCGCCAGAUGCGAGUAAAGACGAAGGGGCAGCGGCUGACAUGAAGGCGCAACGACGAGGGUCUUCGACAGCCGCAGCAGCACCAGGGCCGUCAACAACGCCGGCCUUCGCGGUGGCGGCGGUGUCGCGCAAGGCGGCGCAGAAAGCUCGUGCGCGUCGUGAGCGGGCGCUCGCCUAUGCCCAAAAGGUGGCGCAGGAGCGGCAGGAACUGUUGCUGAGGAAAACGGCUGAAAGCCAUGACGACGAUAGUGCGAACUACAUUAGAGGUGACGGCGAUGAUGCGGAAGAGUUCGUGGGCGAUGGCGGCAGAGCUGCACCGAUCACCGCCGAAGAACGCGUGCGACGGCAGCGUUUGAUGGACCUUGAGGCGGCCCACGCGCAGAAGAAGGCCGCGGUGGACCAAAUACGUCGACAGCUUCGUUGCGGUGGGGGUGGAAAAGCACGAGACUAG